CGCCACCGCACGGUGCCGGUUCCGCCGCCCUGAGCCCGCCUCGCUCGCUCCCGCCGCCGGGGCUGGAGUCCUGGCUCUGCCUGGGCCGGGCGCCCAGCACCGCGCCGGCCGGGGCGGGAGAGCCGCGGUGCGGGGCCGCGGCUGGGAGGAGGAGCCGCCAUGGGGAACCAGCUGGCCGGUAUCGCCCCCUCGCAGAUCCUCUCGGUGGACAGCUACUUCUCGGACAUCCACGACUUCGAGUACGACAAGAGCCUUGGGAGCACCCGCUUCUUCAAGGUGGCCCGGGCCAAGCACCGGGAGGGUCUGGUGGUCGUGAAGGUGUUCGCCAUUCAGGACCCGACCUUACCCCUGACCAGCUAUAAGCAGGAGCUGGAGGAGCUGAAGAUCAGGUUACACUCGGCACAGAACUGCCUGCCCUUCCAGAAGGCCACCCUGACCGAGAAGGCUGCCAUGCUCUUCAGACAGUAUGUGCGGGACAACCUCUAUGACCGAAUCAGCACCAGGCCCUUCCUGAACAACAUCGAGAAAAGGUGGAUUGCUUUCCAGAUCCUGACUGCCGUCGACCAAGCACACAAGUCAGGUGUCCGCCACGGGGACAUUAAAACGGAGAACAUCAUGGUGACCAGCUGGAACUGGGUUCUUCUGACUGACUUUGCCAGUUUUAAACCAACUUACCUUCCCGAAGACAAUCCUGCUGACUUCAAUUACUUCUUCGACACGUCGCGGAGGAGGACAUGCUACAUCGCUCCCGAGCGCUUCGUGGAUGGCAGCAUGUUUGCCACCGAGCUGGAGAACAUGAGAGACCCCUCAACCCCUCUGGUAGACUUGGCAAACAGCAACCAGAGAACCAGGGGAGAGUUGAAACGUGCAAUGGACAUCUUCUCUGCAGGCUGUGUAAUAGCAGAGCUCUUCACAGAAGGUGUACCCCUGUUUGAUUUGUCCCAGCUUUUGGCUUACAGAAAUUGCCUCUUUUCCCCUGAUCAAGUCCUGAACAAAAUUGAAGACCGCUGUAUCAGAGAGCUGGUCACGCAGAUGGUCCAUCGCGAGCCAGACAAACGUUUAGCAGCUGAAGAUUAUUUGAAGCAGCAACGUAACAAUGCAUUCCCUGAGAUCUUCUACACCUUCCUUCAGCCUUACAUGGCCCAGUUCGCCAAGGAGACCUUUGUGUCGGCAGACGAGCGCAUCUUGGUCAUACGCAAGGACCUGGACAACAUCAUUCACAACCUCUGCGGCCACCACCGCACGGAGAAGGCCGAGGGAGAGGCAAAGGAGAACGGGCUGGUGAUCCUGGUGUCUGUCAUAACAUCUUGCCUGCAGACUCUCAAAUAUUGCGAUUCCAAGCUGGCUGCUUUGGAACUGAUUCUUCACUUGGCACCGAGAUUGAGUGUGGAGAUCCUUCUGGAUCGCAUCACCCCUUACCUGUUACAUUUCAGCAACGACUCGGUGCCCAGGGUGAGGGCAGAGUCCGUGAGGACACUCACCAAAGUGCUCGCUCUCGUCAAGGAGGUACCACGCAAUGACAUCAACAUUUACCCUGAGUACAUCCUGCCAGGCAUUGCACACUUGGCCCAGGACGAAGCCACCAUCGUCAGACUGGCCUAUGCUGAAAACAUAGCACUGUUGGCAGAAACAGCUCUGAGAUUUCUGGAGCUAGUACAGCUGAAAAACCUGAACAUGGAAAAUGAACCAAGUAGUGAAGAAACAGAUGAAACAUCUCACCCUAGUGACAACUAUGACACAGAGCUGCAAGCCUUGCAUGAAAUGGUCCAGCAGAAAGUUGUGACUCUGCUAAGUGACCCCGAGAACAUCGUGAAGCAGACACUGAUGGAAAAUGGCAUCACGCGUCUCUGUGUCUUCUUUGGGCGCCAGAAGGCCAAUGAUGUCCUUCUGUCCCAUAUGAUCACCUUCCUGAAUGAUAAGAAUGACUGGCACCUUCGAGGAGCUUUCUUUGACAGCAUUGUUGGUGUUGCUGCUUACGUUGGCUGGCAAAGCUCAUCGAUACUGAAACCUCUGCUUCAGCAAGGCCUCAGUGACGCUGAGGAGUUUGUCAUCUACAAAGCUCUCAAUGCUCUUACUUGUAUGUGUCAGCUGGGGCUCUUGCAGAAGCCACACAUUUAUGAGUUUGCUUGUGACAUUGCACCUUUCCUGUGCCAUCCCAAUCUUUGGAUACGUUAUGGUGCAGUGGGAUUCAUCACAGUGGUGGCCCAGUAUUUGAACAUUGCCGAUGUCUACUGCAAGCUGAUGCCAUACCUCCACCCUUUCAUCACACAGCCAAUAAUACAGAUAGAUAAAGAAAUAGUGCUGCUAAGUGUACUGAAGGAGCCUGUCAGCCGCUCCAUAUUCGAUUAUGUCUUGAGAUCAAAGGACAUCACCAGCCUGCUCCGACACCUUCAGAUGCGGCAGAAGAAGAGGACUGGCGUUCUCCCUGACUGCCCACCCCCAGAGGACCCUGCCAUUGCACAGCUCUUGAAGAAGCUGCUUUCACAAGGGAUGACUGAGGAGGAAGAAGACAAACUGUUAGCACUGAAAGAUUUCAUGUUGAAAUCAAAUAAAGCCAAAGCCAAUAUAGUGGAUCAGAGCCACCUGCAUGACAGCAGCCAGAAAGGGGUGAUUGACUUGUCAGCUCUGGGAAUAACUGGCAGACAAGUGGACCUUGUGAAAACAAAGCAGGAGCCUGAUGACAAACGUGCUAGAAAACAUGUAAAGCAAGAUUCAAAUGUAAAUGAAGAAUGGAAGAGCAUGUUUGGGUCCCUGGAACCAACUAACAUCUCCCAGCCAAUACAAAAAGGACAUGGACAAACCACUGACCCUGAAGCCAUGCAGGCUGGGAAGCCACUUCGUUCAGAGUCCUCAGCUGGCAUUGGUGCCAGUCUGUCAUCCUCCCCACAGGCAUCAGAUGGGACAGUGUCUCAGCCCAGGAAGCCAGCCCUGCAGGUGCUGAGCAGCUCAGCCUCCCCCUCUUCACACCAGCUGCGUGUCACCACCUGCAAGUCCCAGCUGCAACAGCUGAUCCAGCAGAAGCGUGAGCAGUGCAAUGCUGAGAGGCUGGCCAAGCAGAUGAUGGAGAAUGCUGAAUGGGAGAGCAAGCCCCCACCCCCAGGAUGGCGUCCCAAAGGACUGUUGGUAGCUCACCUGCACGAGCACAAGUCUGCAGUGAACCGCAUCCGGGUCUCCGACGAACACUCCAUUUUUGCCACUUGCUCCAAUGAUGGCACAGUGAAAGUCUGGAACAGCCAAAAGAUGGAAGGAAAAACCACUACAACUAGGUCCAUCCUGACCUACUCUCGCAUCGGAGGCCACGUGAAGACGCUGACCUUCUGCCAAGGCUCCCAUUACCUGGCUGUCGCUUCGGAUAAUGGUGCCAUCCAGCUUCUUAGUAUUGAGGCUUCAAAGCUCCCUAAAUCUCCUAAAAUUCAUCCAAUACAAAGCAGGUCCUUAGAUCUGAAGGAUGAUGGCUGUGUGGUAGACAUGCAUCACUUCAACUCAGGAGCCCAGUCAGUGCUGGCUUAUGGCACCGUUAAUGGCUCUCUGGUGGGGUGGGAUUUGCGAUCGAGCAGCAACGCAUGGACACUGAAGCAUGACUUGAAGCUGGGCCUCAUCACUUCAUUUGCUGUGGACAUACACCAGUGCUGGCUGUGCAUCGGAACGAGCAAUGGGACCAUGGCAUGCUGGGACAUGAGGUUCCAGUUACCCAUCUCCAGCCACUCUCAUCCCUCCAAGGCCCGGAUCCGGCGCCUGCUCAUGCAUCCUGUCUAUCAAUCCUGGGUGAUUGCAGCUGUCCAAGGCAACAACGAGGUCUCCAUGUGGGAUAUGGAAACCGGCGAUCGGCGCUUCACGCUGUGGGCCAGCAGCGCACCUCCGCUCUCUGAACUGCAGCCUUCUCCUAACAGCAUCCACGGCAUAUACUGCAGUCCAGCAUCUGGCAACCCCAUACUGCUGACAGCAGGCUCAGACAUGAAGAUAAGGUUUUGGGAUCUAGCCUACCCUGAGAGAUCCUACAUUGUGGCUGGAAGUUCCAACUGCCCAUCCGUUUCCUACUACAGGAAGAUAAUUGAAGGCACGGAGGUGGUGCAGGAAAUUCAAAACAAGCAAAAAAUGGGUCCCACUGAUGAGACCCCUCGGAAGGGUCCGGAGUCUCUCCCUGUUGGCCACCACGAUAUUAUCACAGAUAUUGCCACUUUCCAGACCACGCAGGGCUUCAUCGUCACUGCAUCCAGGGAUGGGAUUGUCAAAGUGUGGAAAUGAAAGCUGUACUAAUAUAUGUCUGUAAAUAUUUGUAAUAAAGAAAUAGUGUUACAAUGAAGUUUUCAAGGACUGUUUCCAGGUCAUGGAACAGAAUGGACUUCAUAAAGGUGAGGAUAAAAUGGGUUAUCUGUAUCCAUCACUGCCAGCACUUCUUAACCACUUCUUCUCUUCAAGAUGUUUGGUAUCCACGUUUCCUUGACAUACCAGGCAGCCUCUGAAGAAACUGUUCAGCCUGUGUUUGCCAACGUUGUUCUUCAGGGCUGUCUGAAGACCUUCCAUAUUACACACUGGAAAUGUGCAAAAAAGCAAAGAGCUGGUGCAAGUCCUUCCACAUCUGACUGCUUCUACGCUGAGUGUGAGGAAUGAAGCAAGAGCCAGGGCACCCAUGUCCCUGUACCUUCUACUAGCUCUAAUAAAGUCCACUUGA